AUGCUGGGGGCGGUGAAGAUGGAGGGACACGAGGCUCCGGACUGGAGCGGAUACUACAGCGAGGAGGUCUACUCGCCCAUGACAGGAGCAGGGAUGGGCUCCGGCCUGGGGAUGGGCUCCAUGUCCGGCUACCUGCCCGGCGGCGCCGCCGCCGCCUCCUCCGGCUCCUUCAACAUGUCCUACGGCGGCAGCGGCCUGAGCCCCGCCCCGGUGGCCGGGAUGGGCGGCUCGGCCCCGGUGACCAUGUCGGGCCCCAUGGGCGGGGCCCUCAGCCCGUCCGGCAUGUCCUCACAGCAGAGCUCCGUGGGCCUGAACCCCUACUGCAGCAUGAGCCCCACCAUCAGUCCCAACAUGGGCUGCUACGGCGGCGGCGGCGGUGGCGGCGGGCUGAGCCGCGGCCGGGACAGCAAGGGCUUCCGGCGGAGCUACCCUCACGCCAAGCCGCCGUACUCCUACAUCUCGCUCAUCACCAUGGCCAUCCAGCAGGCGCCCAGCAAGAUGCUGACGCUGAGCGAGAUCUACCAGUGGAUCAUGGACCUCUUCCCUUACUACCGGCAGAACCAGCAGCGCUGGCAGAACUCCAUCCGCCACUCGCUCUCCUUCAACGACUGCUUCGUCAAGGUCUCCCGCUCGCCAGACAAGCCGGGCAAGGGCUCCUACUGGACCCUGCACCCGGACUCGGGCAACAUGUUCGAGAACGGCUGCUACCUGCGGCGCCAGAAGAGGUUCAAGUGCGAGAAGAAGCUGUGCGGCGGGAAGCUGGAGGGCCGCAAGGAGGCGGGCGGCUCCUCUCCCCCCGGGGACUCGGCCAAGCCGCGGCCGGACUCGCCCUCGGGCCUGGAGCUCAAGGUGGCCGGCUCCCACCUGCUGUCCUCCCUGGUGCUGCCCGCGCACCCCAUGUCCCAGGAGGCCCAGCUGCAGCUGAAGGACCCCCACUACUCCUUCAACCACCCCUUCUCCAUCAACAACCUGAUGUCCUCCUCGGAGCAGCAGCACAAGCUGGAGCUGAAGGCCUACGAGGCGCUGCAGUACUCCUCCUACGGCGCGGCCGGGGCCCCGGCGCUGGGGGCCCGGACCAUGGAGCACCUGGAGACCUCCUACUACCAAGGGGUCUACCCCAGGCCGCUGCUCAACCCCUCCUAGCUGCCGGAGCCUGCUGCCUGCAUGGACUGCAUUCACUCAUUCACACGCAGCACGCCGGGUCAAAGGUCGCGCAGAGGUCACAGCAGGUACAAACCCUCACGCCGGCAGGAGCUUCCCAACUACAUUUGACAAACGAUAAACAAAUCGCGACGAUGAACACGUGAACGCGCUGAGGUCAAGAGAGCCGGGUCGCGCAGAAGCGCCAUCACUAGAUCAGACGGAAGCGACCGCGGUGUCGGUGGCGGGAACAGUAGACGAACCGAGGCUUUCACUCGCGCACGACCUUCACCUGGACUGUGACUCCAAAUAUGGCGCGUUCUCCCACGACCUCGCCGCUUUAUUGCCGACCUCGGGUCACGACCUCCAACCCCCCUCGUCAAAGGUCUCAAUGCAGAGACAAGAAGUCAAGAGUUUCUGCCGCGUUUUUACUCCGAACUUUUGAGCACGACGAGCGCACGCGCGACCCUAAUAAAUCAAGUAAUAAGGGAUGGUCGUCGGCGGCGGCGGCCGCCGCCAUCAUCAUCAUCAUCAUCAUCAUCAUCAUCAUCAUCCUCAUCAUCAUCAUCAUCAUCAUCAUCAUCCUCGGAAGCCGGUGCGCGUGUCUGUGUGCGAGCGCGUGUGCGAGGCCUCUGCAUGUCGGAGCGGAAUCACGUGACGACCGUCCCUCCCGUCUGCAUGACUGCGGCCGACCGGAAGCGUCUCUGCUGUGUUUGUUUCCUGCAUGUUUUAAUUUAUUCUGUUUAUUCUGUUUUCAAAUAAAAGAGUGCGGAAAGGUUCGCUGCUGCUGGUCUGACUAUCCUGCUGAUGACAAGCUGACGGACUUCACGUGCUCGAGCUUCACCACUCACGCACAAAAACACGCACGGCCUCAGUGGAAACGGUCUCACGCGCGUGUUCGUCUUCAAUUAUGCCGAGAAAUUCACCACUGCAUUUGUCGUUAUGCAACACAGACCUUCGAUCGAUCUUCGAUUUCUAGAAAAAUACCGCUGUUUUAAACAAUUAAUUUUAAAGCGUAUUUAUUUUCCAAAUAAAGUGAACUCAUAAUGAACUGCACGUGAAGCCGUCAGCUGCGGAUCACGGAGCAAAAUCGCCGCAACAAUUCAGCAAAUACGACCUUUCAGUUUUCCCCGUGAAUAAUAAUAAUAAUGGCGAUGGCCUGGUGAGGAAUAAUAGACUUCUUAUUUACAGACUGAAUAAUAUUAUCGAAAA